GCCUGACAGAGACGCUCUCCAAAAUGCAGCGGCUUCUAAUCCUACCCCUUUUUUUUGCAUCCUUUUUGAAAAUGUGCAAUGGGGCAGGUCACCCUUGUGAAUGAGACCCUUGUCUCAAUGGGUUUCCCCUGGUUAAAUUAAGAUUGGUGCUACCAGUCCCAGCAUACCUGUGCCACCCCUUGUAAUGGUGAAUGAUGAACAAGACAUCUCUCUUUCCAUACAACACACUGCACUGACUUGGAUCCUCUCUUAUCUUUGUGUCACCAUCACAAGUUCAAGUUGUUAAAGGGGUGACAGUUACAGCCACAAAUCCACUUCCUCUACACCCACCUAACCAUUCAUAUCUGUCCCUCCGUCCCUCGCCUCCCACUUAAACACUUACCCACUCAAAACAGUUUUACUCAGACAAACAUCAACUUGAACAUUCCUAGUCUGUGGCUUGCUGUCAUAGCUUGAUGAUGUACAGUAUUUUCUCUCCUCACCGUUCUACAGGACCAGAGAAGUGGGACCAUGCCAACAAAGACUGUGAAGGCAGAGCCCAAUCCCCCAUCAACAUCGUCCACAGGAAGACCCUACCAGAUGAGCGCCUUACGCCCUUCCAGUUCAGAAAAUACCAGGAUUCCUUCAGUGGCCUGAUCAAAAACAAUGGACACUCUGUUCAGGUGAACGUGCCUCACCAACCCUAUGUGAUUGGUGGAGACCUGGAGUUGCCCUAUAAGGCAGUGCAGUUCCACCUGCACUGGGGCAAGAACGGAGGACCAGGGUCGGAACACACUAUCGACGGAGAGCAGUACCCAAUGGAGCUGCAUAUUGUUCACAUGAAUCAGGAAUACUCCAAAUUGGAAGAUGCCCUGAAAGACCCAAUAGGAGUUGCAGUCCUUGGAUUUUUCUAUGAGGAAUCCCUCAGUGCCAACAGAAAAUAUGAUCCUGUUGUAAGAGCCCUGCAGCGCAUCACGACGACUGGUGCCAAUACAACUCUGGCAUCAGUUUCUCUGGAACAGCUGAUUCCUCCCCAGCAGAACCUGACCAACUACUACCGCUACAAGGGCUCCCUCACCACCCCCGGCUGCACUGAGUCUGUGAUCUGGACUGUGUUCGAGAAGCCCAUCCCUCUCAGCAGAGACCAGCUGCGGGUGUUCUCAGACCUCCAGUUUAAGGAUGGCAAGCCUAUGGUGGGUACAUUCCGGCCGGUGCAGCCUCUGAAUGGCCGCGUGGUGUACCGGUCGGGAGACGCCAUGGUACUGGCCAGCACCGUAAUCCUCAUGGCCUCCGUCACCAUGGCGAUGGGACUGUCACAGCCCAACUAGAGGAAGGAAGGCAUUCUGAGCGAGCCGCACCACGACAUGCAUGAACACAAUGAGUUCUCAAAACCAAAACCAACCAACCAACUGACAAACUAAAGUACAGCACCAACCAAUGGCCAUACCCUAAACAUUCAGCCUGAAAACCAACAUGCCCCAGGCCCUUACGAUACAUCAGUGAUUCACGAGUUCUAGAGUUCUUGAGUUAUCGAGUUCUGUAGUUCCAGUUCUAAAAUCCAUAGGUUCAUCUUCCCUCCCUGUCCAAUGUCAGAUCAAUUUAGAGUCCUCAGCCUAAAGUUACAAUAGAAAAUGUGAGGAGCCUCUGCUCAGUGCUCAGGUGGUUGGGUCGCUGCGCUAGAGUCUAAACAUAGAUGCCAAUAAAUCCAUGACCUGGUCGGUACUAGACUGGCACGUGACCAUGUUCUUAGAACGGAAUGUGUGAAUGGUGGGUCGUUGCUAAUAAUAGAUAUGCACUCAUAAAUACUCUCCAGUUUAAAACCUAGGAGAGGAGAGCGAUGCCAUGGCCUUGCCUUUCAUCUUUGAGAACAUGUGUUCAUGGCUUGUAUUACAGGGUCCCGGAUACAUUGAAUGUUACCCACUGUGAAUUAUUACUACAUCCAAUAUUUUGACUUCUCAUUUUGCUUCUAUUUAGCUAAUUCAAGCAAGAGAUAUGUGAAAUUCUCUUGUGAAUAAAACAACAUUGAUGUGCAGAUUGAACUGGGAAUAUAUUAUAAAUGUUCCAUUGUUUCAUAAAUCACCAAUGUUAUAUUAUAUCUAUACUGUGACAUUUGUACAUGUAUUUAUGUACUGUAUGUGUAUAUUGACAAAAAGGACACAUUGUUGAUGUUAUUUAUAUAUAGCUAGGUAUUUAAAGUUUAUGUAUCGACAUCUAUCCAACCCAAAAAAGUUACGUUGACUGCAUUAUCAAGUGGUUUCUGACCAAUUCAAAAUACAUUUACUCUUGGAAUGAUGUAUGUUCAUGUUCAAAAGUAUUUAAUAGUUUUGUUUGUUUGGUUGUAAUGCUUGAAAAUGUUAUAAGUGAUAUGGAGAAUGUGUUCCGAUUGAACAAUAAACUACUGACAUGCCUUUUUAA